CAGUCCCAGAGGGUGCCUGGGCACUUCAGAGGCUCCAGCAUGGGCAUCUCCCAUCCAGAGCCUAGACCCUGGAAGAGGGGACCUGUGACCGCACCUGGAGCCAUGCAGGCAGAGAGUGGCACUGGGAUGGCCGACUCCACAGCCUCCAUGCCCUGCCGCCCUGUGAAGACCCUGCAGAAGCAGUGGCUGGAAAAGCUGGGCGCACUGCAAUACGUGCUGACUUUGUGCUCAGUCCCAUUCAACGUCAUUCUUCUCUUCCACCUCCUCUUCACGCGGCUCUGGCCUCUGUCUGUUCUCUACAUGAUGUGGCUCUACCUGGACAGGCACACACCCAGCCAAGGGGGAAGGCGAUUUGUGUGGCCAAGGACCUGGGCCAUCUGGAAACACCAAAGGGAUUACUUUCCUAUCAAGCUGGUGAAGACGGCAGAGCUGCCCCCCAGCCAGAACUACGUGCUGGGAGCCCACCCCCACGGGGUCAUGUGCACCGGAGCCUUCAGUAAUUUCCUCACUGAGAGCAAUGACUUCUCCCGGCACUUCCCGGGGCUGCAGCCCUGGAUAGCCAUGAUGGCCAGCUUCUUCUAUGUCCCCUUUUUACGAGAAUACAUCAUGAUGCAUGGACUGCGUCCCGUGAGCCGUCAUAGCCUGGACUUUGUGCUGUCUCAGCCCCAGCGGGGCCAGGCGGUGGUCAUCGUGAUUGGGGGUGCCCAGGAGAUCCUGUACACGGCCCCAGGGCAGCACAGCCUGGAACUCCUUAAUCGCAAAGGCUUUGUGCGCCUGGCACUGAGGCACGGGGCCUCCCUGGUGCCUGUGUACUCCUUUGGGGAGAACGACACCUUCAAAGGUAUGAAUUUCUCCAAAGGCUCCUGGCAGUACCUGUGCCAGGUCACCUGCAAGAGGGUCACCAGCAUAGCUCCCUGCAUCUUCUGGGGCCGUGGUCUCUUCUUGCACAAGUCCUGGGGUCUGCUGCCCCUGCCCGUGCCCAUCACCACUGUGGUGGGCGGCCCCAUCCCCGUGCCCCAGUGCAGCAGCCCCAGCCAGGAGCAAGUUGACCACUACCACAGGCUCUACAUGGACGCCCUGGAGCGGCUGUUUGAGGAGCACAAGGAGAGCUGCGGGGUCCCUGCCUCCACCCGCCUCACCUUCUUCUAGGCCUGGCUCAGCCUCCCAACUCAGCUCCUGAGCCCUGUGCACUGCGACCCCAGCUCCCGCCUUGACCUCCCCUCCAAUAAAGGCUGGUUCUGGAGGGAGUGCGGCCAGGCACUGCCACCCCGUCCUGUCUGCUGCAGAGGGGCCGCCUGGGGUGGGUCUCAGCACCCUGCAUUCUCCUGCCAGGAGAGCUGACUGUGCCCCGGGACCUGGGAGACGUCUCCCCCUCCUGGGCCCCUGCUCCCCCUGUGAAGCAAGGCUGCUGCUUAGCUCAGAGCUGGCAGUUAUGAGCGUCAGGUGCCAGAGGUGUGUAUUGAACCCAGGCACUGUGUGGGAAUUGUGCAUCUUUGUAAUAUUAGUUUAUUUAUUUGAAGGGGGGAGAGACAGAGAGAGAUGUGAAACAGAAAGAGAGAGAGAGAGAGAGAGAUGAUGAUGAUGCUGAUGCUGAUGCUGAUGUGAAUCUGCUGCCUCUUGGUUCACUUCCUAAACACCCUCAGUGGCUGGGGCUUGCUCCGGCAUAAGCUUGGUCUCCCAUAUAGGCGGCCCAGGCUCUCGACACCUGCGGGGCUGCCUGCCCCACCCACAGCUGAGAACCCGCACCUGCAGUCCCCCUGGUCAGAGCGGCUCAGGGAUGGAUAGAGCCCCUUCCUGGCUGUCAAGUGCUGUGGACGUGACCGAGUGGUGAUGGCUGCUGAGGUCAGCCCAGGACCCUCCCGCGGUAGAAGAUGCUAAGUCCUUGGGCCCCUGCAGCCCUGUGGGAGACCCAGAAGAAGCUCCUGGCUCCUGCCUCAGAUUGGCUCAGCUCUGACCAUUGCAGCCAUUUGGGGAGUGAACCAGCAGAUGGAAGAAGAUGGAAGAACUCUCUCUCUCUCUUUCUCACCCCCCCUCCCUCUCUCAGUCUCUCUCUUUCUCUCUCUCUCCCUCCCUCUCUGUAAC